GUUCUAAUUGGCAUUGGAUUUUUUUAACUUCUUUUUAGACUCUGGUUUAGAAUUUACUCAUAAGAUCCGAUUUUAGUCCUCAAAACCCAACUCAAAGCUUCUACAUUUUUCUGCCAUGGCGGGUCUCGCCAGUACCUUGACAUUCAACUCCAUUAUUUCUAAACCGAAACCCAUCUUCCUUCCUUAUCUUCAGUCCACCCACUUGACCAUCCGCCUUCCCUCUCCCACAUUCUCUUUGUCCAGCUCCCCCUUCACCACCACCGCAAUCUCCGCCCAGUAUAGUGACCGUCGUGCAGGCAGCUCUAAUGAUGACGACGCCCUAGACAUCUCUUCUAUAAGGUCAAAGGAUGUCAGACUUAUUGAUCAACAACAAAAUAUGGUGGGGAUAGUUUCCAAAAGUGAAGCUAUUCAAAGAGCUGAGGACUCUGAACUUGAUUUGGUUAUUAUAUCUCCAGAAGCAGACCCUCCUGUUGUUAAAAUAAUGGAUUACAAUAAAUACAAAUAUGAACUGCAAAAGAAGAAAAAGGACCAGCAGAAGAAAAAUGCUGCCAACCGCAUGGAUUUGAAGGAAUUGAAAAUGGGUUACAGCAUUGAUGUGCAUGAUUAUUCUGUGCGCUUGAGAGCUGCACAGAGGUUUCUAAGAGAUGGCAAUAAGGUGAAAGUUAUUGUGAAUCUAAAGGGUCGUGAGAACGAGUUUAAAAGUAAAGCGACUGAGCUGCUCAAACAAUUUCAAAAUGAUGUUGGAGAGCUUGCUACUUUGGAGAACAAGAAUUUCAGAGACAGGAAUAUGUUUAUAAUUCUGGCCCCAAAUAAAGCAUUUGUACAGAAAGCUCAUGAACAGCCAAAGGAAAAGGACAAAUCAGUAAGUGAAGCUCAAGCCGGGGGGUGAACCACAUUGCUUGUAGUCUUUCACACUACACUAGUACACUCAACCAAAGAUUUCACGGUUAUCUUAUUUUCGUGCUUAAAAUUAGUGUUUUUCAAUGAUAAUAUGUAUAUUUGUGCGUUGCCGCGGUGGCCCUUUGGUUUUGUAGCAAUAUUUUGUAAGAUGCAAAGAAUAAUUUGUACUUAAAUGAUGUGUUUAUUUAGUGUUUACGUUAGAUUGGAUGUGAUAAAAUGUACGAAGUUGAUUACAAGAAUAGCUUUACGAUGCAUAUAUUUCAUUUACGUUUCACGAUUAUGAAU